AUGGCAUCCUCUGAUAAGAAAUCUAAAGGUGAGAGCACAAGAAAGCCAAACUGGCUUGAACUUCCAAUAGAUUUGACAAAGAACAUACUCCAAAGACUUGAUACCCUUGAUAUUAUGAUAAGUGCACGUAAUGUUUGUCCUCUGUGGUGGCACAUUUGCAAGGACCCGUCAAUGUGGCGCACCAUUCGCAUUUAUAAUAUCGAAUUUAUUCCAUAUGAUUUUUGUUGUUUGGAGAAGAUUGUUCGAUGUGCAGUUGAUCUAAGUUGCGGUCAUCUCGAAGAUAUUGCUCUUGAGUUAUUUUGUACCGAUGACCUCCUCGAGUAUAUUGCUCAUAGGGCAAGUAACAUGCGGUGUUUAAGAAUUUCUGACUGUAAUAACAUUUCAAAUAAAGGGAUGAUUGAAUUUGUGAAGAUGUUUUCACUAUUGGAAGAGCUUUACAUUUCAUUUAAGUACUUAUCCAAGGAUUCCAUUGAAGUUAUUGGUCGAUUUUGCCCUCUUUUGAAGUCACUAAAUUUUGACGGGCCGCUUUUCACUUACUUUGCUUUUUAUGAUGAGGUAUUUGCUAUUGGAAAAGCGAUGCCCGGACUACGACAUCUUUCGUUUUCUAGAAUUGUGUUCGAUAAUGAUCAGUUGUUUGCCAUUCUUGAUGGUUGUCCUCUUAUUGAAUCUCUUGAUCUACGAAACUGCCUUAUUCGUCAUUUAAGUCCAAGUGUGAAAAAAAGGUGUCGCAAGCAAAUCAAAGAUUUCCAACUUCCAAUAUAUAAUAGUUAUGAGGACGAUUCUGAUGUUAGAAAUUUCGGAAAGAUUAAAGGGAUCCAGGCUUGA